AUGGCACGACUGCCUACCUCGGUCAUUCUACGAGCGUCUCUCAACGCUCAUCUUCAACCUGGAGUCUCUCUAGCCGUUUUGGCCAUCAUCUCUAGGGGCCCCGGCAGCUUUUGGGAGCUUUUAGAGUCUGGACCAACAUCCAACCGUGGUCCAGUAAAUGAUCAACCAACUAGACUGGAAUCACUGGAUGAGAUCAAAGAAGAAAUGCAUGCGGCAGAUGCUCAAUCCGCAGUAGAAAUCAUCGCCGUCAAGGAUCCCGGGCUGCUCCAGGGUCCAAUUUGCCUCGAGCCACCUGAGCUUUACACUUAA